AUGUCGCCGACACUGUUCAACCUGUAUACAGCUAAGCUACAUGAUACCGAUACCGAAGAAGAUACUGUCACCGUACAAUUUGCCGAUGACUUCGUUAAGAUUGUCAGAGGCAAAUCUUUGACAGAAGCAAGAACAUUAUACGGGAGCUACCUAGCAUAUGGCAGUGCCAUCUACGGUGAUACACCGAAAACCUACAAGGAAAUGUUGGCUGUAUCAAGCCGGCAAUGCCAGCGGAUAGCCACAGGAUGCACAAGAACCACUCCUAUUAACACCCUAGCAGCGCUGUCAAAUGAAGAACCACUUUCUUUGAAACGCCAUUAUUACGCCAUGAAAAAAAUAACGCAACACUUCAAAAAGAAUGACGAAAUUGCUGAACAACUAAGAAGACUUCAACCUAUGCCAAAUUUCCAGAAAUCCAAGUGUUUCACAUUUAUGGAAAAGGUGUAUUUGGAAAAUUCGGAAACGGUUCAAAACGUAUACGAAAACUACGAAAUGGAAGAAAUACCAAAAAUAGAUGUACGCCCACAAAUAGAGAAAAUACCAAUAAACAAAAAGAAAAUGUCCACAUCUACAAUGCUACAAAUCGCCAAGGAACAUAUUAAUACGGAAUACUUAUUUUGGAGACAAAUCUAUACCGAUGCCUCUAAGUCAACGGAAGGCUGUGGUAUCGGAGUAUAUGAAUCAAAUUCAGAAACAGAGAUUAGUUUACGCCUUGAACACCCGACAAGUAUUAUGACAGCAGAAUUAAUUGCUAUCCAGAUAGCUUUGAGAGAAAUCCCAAGCUUAGAAACAGAUCAAUUUUAUAGAAAUGUUAUACUCACCGACUCUCAAGCUGCUUGUCAAUUACUAUUAUCGUGCCAGUUUGAUAAAAGCUGGGAUCAUUUGACCGGUGAAAUUUGUACAAAUUUGUAUAAAACAAAUACGGUACUCCAGUGGAUUCCAGGGCAUGUUGGCCUCAACGGAAAUGAGCAUGCCGAUCGCCUAGCUAAAACAGGAGUUCAAGCAAAUGCUAUCGUAGUCAACAAAUUACUUUGGGUUGACGCAAUCAGGAAUUAUAAACAGGAACUAUCAUCUGCUACAAACCAAUGGUAUCGGGACAUUGCCCUGCGAGACGGCAAAGGACUGAAAUUUUUCGAAAUGUUCUCAAACUUUCCCAUCAAACCUUGGUUUUGGACCGCUGAUUUGGAUGGAGAAGAAAUCCGCACGCUGAACCGUGUUUUGGCUGGCCAUGACUACUCAGAAUACUGGCUGGCUAAAAUGAAAUUAGUAGUUAAUGAAGAUUGCGAAAUGUGCCAAGAAAAGAACACUACCGAACACUGCCUGCUCAAAUGUAUGAAGUACAACCACGUCCGAAACCAUUUCCACUGGGAAAACUACAAUAAAUUAACCGAAAUCGCCAAAAAUGAUAAAGAACUUUGUUGCGUGGAAAAACUAAAGCAAAUUUUAAAAUUCAUAAAAAUGGCAAAUUUGCGUAUGUGA